CACGGAUCCUUUUUGAUUUUGGUGAUUGGAAACAGGUGCACGCACCGUGGAAUAGGUCCUCUCUAGUCUCUCUAUGAUUAUCCAUUUGGAAACUUUAUUACCGAUUCGGAUUUCAUAUUCGACUUUCUUAUACAUGAUUGUUCUUUUCACAUAUGAAUAAAUUUGUUGCUGUCAGAAAAACAGACAUAGUAAAAGAAAAGAAAAGAGAGCAAUUGAAUUGAGUUUGGGGGCAGAAUCAAGAAAGAAAGAGCAAAGGAGACUGAGAUUAAAUUUGUGUGGAGAUUAAAAGAAAUGAGAUCACAUAAUAGUUUUGUCAGUCUCCUUCCUCCUCCAGUCCAGUGCGGGUCGUAGUUCAAUUAUUAUAUUACUAUAUUAUACAGAAGAGAAGAGAAGAGAAGAGAGAUCGCAUGAUAAUUAUACAUAAAUAACAGCAGCAGCAGCAUCAGGCAGAGAUGUCGAUGGAGUCCACUACUCUUCGGGUCCAGGUUUCGUGGACAAGUCUUUCGAGGAAUCUGAUAUUAGCGUAUCAGAGCUUCGGUGUGGUAUACGGAGACCUGAGUACUUCUCCUCUCUACGUUUACUCGAGCACUUUUGCUGGCAAAUUGGACAAGCACAUAAGCGAGGAUGCCGUCUUUGGUGCUUUUUCCCUGAUCUUCUGGACUCUCACUCUCAUACCCUUACUUAAGUAUGUCUUUGUCCUCUUGAGUGCCGAUGACAAUGGUGAAGGUGGCACUUUUGCUCUUUACUCGCUGCUCUGCCGGCACGCCAAGUUCAGUCUCCUUCCAAACCAGCAAGCCGCUGAUGAAGAGCUCUCCGCAUACAAGUACGGCCCCUCCUCAUCGCAGGUCCUCGCCUCCUCUCCCUUAAAGAGGUUUUUGGAGAAGCAUAAACGCCUGAGGACGGCCCUAUUGGUUGUGGUGUUGUUUGGUGCUUGCAUGGUCAUAGGAGAUGGUGUCCUCACUCCUGCAAUCUCAGUUCUUUCAUCAGUUUCGGGCCUUGAAGUUACAGAAAAGAAAUUGACAAACGGUGAACUUGUCUUGCUCGCUUGCGUUAUAUUGGUGGGUUUGUUUGCCCUGCAGCAUUGUGGUACGCACAGAGUAGCAUUUUUGUUUGCACCUGUCGUAUUAAUCUGGUUGGUAUCAAUCUUUUCCAUUGGGCUCUACAACACAAUACGCUGGAACCCAAAAGUUGUUUAUGGAUUUUCGCCCCAUUAUAUCAUCAAGUUCUUUAGGGAGACUGGUAAAGAAGGUUGGAUUUCUCUCGGCGGGGUCCUUCUCUCUAUAACUGGCACUGAAGCUAUGUUUGCGGACCUUGGUCAUUUCACUGCCUUGUCUAUUAGGCUUGCAUUUGCAUUUGUUGUUUACCCAUGUUUGGUAAUACAAUACAUGGGCCAGGCUGCUUUCUUGUCCAAAAACCCCGGGAUGAUUAAUUACAGUUUCUAUAAUUCGAUACCUGAACCUGUAUUUUGGCCGGUCUUUGUUGUCGCUACACUUGCAGCUAUUGUUGGCAGUCAGGCUGUCAUAACCGCUACUUUCUCCAUUAUCAAGCAAUGCCAUGCCCUUGGUUGCUUCCCUCGGGUCAAAGUUGUCCACACCUCGAAACACAUAUAUGGCCAGAUCUACAUCCCAGAGAUCAACUGGAUACUGAUGAUCCUUACUCUUUCCAUAACCAUUGGAUUUCAAGAUACAACUUUAAUUGGGAAUGCUUAUGGACUUGCUUGCAUGACGGUUAUGUUCGUCACAACAUUCCUUAUGGCGCUUGUGAUCAUCUUCGUUUGGCAGAAAAGUAUAAUGCUAGCUGCAGUUUUCCUUGUGUUCUUUUGGUUAGUCGAGGGCGUUUAUUUAUCUGCAGCAUUCAUAAAAGUGCCUCAGGGAGGGUGGGUCCCCCUUGUGCUAUCAUCCAUAUUUAUGGUCGUCAUGUAUGUCUGGCAUUACGGGACGCGGAGGAAGUAUAACUUUGAUCUGCACAACAAAGUGUCGCUGAAGUGGUUACUUGGCCUGGGCCCCAGCCUUGGUAUUGUCCGUGUUCCCGGAAUAGGCCUCAUAUACUCGGAAUUGGCAACUGGAGUUCCGGCAAUAUUCUCUCACUUUGUAACAAACCUCCCGGCAUUCCACAAAGUGUUGGUUUUCAUUUGUGUCAAAUCAGUCCCGGUUCCUUAUGUUUCGCCCGAGGAAAGAUUCCUCAUCGGUCGGAUUUGUCCAAGACCCUAUCGUAUGUACAGAUGCAUUGUCAGGUACGGGUACAAGGACAUUCAACGAGACGAUGGGGACUUUGAGAACCAGCUAAUACAGAGCAUAGCGGAGUUCAUCCAGAUGGAAGCAGUAGAACCACAGUUUUCAGGCUUCGAGAGCUCGUCGUUGGACGGGAGAAUGGCCGUCAUAAGCACCAGAAGUUUGCAGUCGAGCUUGAGCAUGGCGGUGUCCGAGCAAGAGGAUCCUGGCGUGAGCAGUUCCAUUAUUCAGAGCAGCAAAUCUCCGACCCUCCAGAGUUUACGCUCGGUCUAUGAUGAUGAGAACCCACAGACGAGGAGACGCCAAGUAAGGUUUCAGUUGCCCUCAGACCCUGGAAUGGAUCCCGCAGUUAGGGAGGAGCUGAUGGAUUUGAUCCAGGCCAAAGAAGCGGGCAUCGCGUAUAUAAUGGGGCAUUCGUAUGUGAAGGCAAGGCGCUCAUCAUCAUUUCUGAAGAAGCUUGUGAUCGACAUUGGAUAUUCUUUUCUGCGGAAGAACUGCCGGGGCCCAGCCGUGGCGCUUAAUAUUCCGCAUAUCAGUCUGAUUGAAGUUGGCAUGAUAUACUAUGUCUAGUCCCCCCCGUUUUUGAGGGAAUUUUCUAAAUGCUGAAAGGUUUGACUUGACAGGGUUAUAUAUAUAUAUAUAUAUAUUGAGCCUGCCAGGUAUGAAGAAAGGAAUAGAACUAGAAGAAGUAGUUCAAGGAUGAAGAGAUGAUUUGUAGGAUAUAAUUGGUAGCAGAAACUUGGUUAAAAGAAGCACUCUUUUUUCUUUGCUUCUGGUGGUCCUCCGGUUUGGCUAAUGUGUAUAUAGAAUCCAUCAGAUGGCAUUCAUAUGUAUUCCACCUUUCAGGAAUUCACCAGAUGGCUCCAAUGUAUAAACUUUUCUUAUUUCUUC